CGCAAACAUCAUGUCCAAAGUGAAGUUUGCUUCUGUCGCAGCUCUCGGUGCUGCCGUGGGAGCAGCAUCCAGCUUGCUUUAUGCUAAAGCGCAGGAGCCGGACGAUACGCCCCAGGACCAAAUCACAGUUCCCAGCCCCAUUGUCCAAACCAAGAGCCUUGCAUUCCCAAGUCCACUGUCAAUUUUCAAAGCUCAGGAGCUUCCGACCGGGCCCGCCAAUCCAGCAGGUAUUUUGAAAUACGGCUUCCCGGGUCCGGUUUCCGAUGAGUUGAAAUCACUCUCCGUAUACGGAGGCUACGAUCGUCGCACGCGCAAUCCGUCCUGGGUCGCCGAGCAUAUGACCACUGAAUCAGUGGCCACAAACCUGUCAACCCGCAAAAACAACUUCCGCGAAGACAGAAGCAUCCCGGCCUUUUUUCGCGCCAAGGUCGCCGACUAUUCCAACUCCGGGUAUGAUCGCGGACAUCAAGUGGCUGCUGCGAACGCGAACUGGUCACAGCAGGCUAUGGACGACACGUUUAAGAUGAGCAACAUGUGUCCCCAGGUUGGGGUCGGCUUUAAUCAGCAUUACUGGGCUCGUGUGGAGAAAUUCACCCGCAGUCUGACAACGAGAUAUCCGUCUGUUCGUGUAAUCACUGGCCCACUAUAUCUUCCGCAUCGGGAUAGUGAAAACAAAUGGCGUGUUAGUUAUGAGGUCAUCGGGGAUCCGCCGAGCGUUGCGGUGCCAACUCAUUUCUACAAAGUCGUGUUCGGAGAGGAGGAGGACAACGGGGGUGAGCUAGGCGGUCCGGUCGCCAUACUACCGAAUGCCCCGAUCGACAAGGACAAGGACCUGAGUGACUUCGAGGUGGAGCUGGAAGCAGUUGAACGAGGAAGUGGGCUUGAGUUUGCCCGGAAACUGGAUCCAAAGCAGCGAAAGAAACUGUGCGAAGAAGUGAAGUGCGAUGUUCGUAUUCAGGACUUCGCGCGGAAAAGCAAACUAUAGCUGGGUGGUCUAUCCUGAUUUUAUGUUGGGGGAUGUUAAUCUCUAGCCAUUAUCAGCAGGAUUCUGACAGUCCGUCAGCCCUCAAACAGCUUGAACACCGAAACACCCGACUUGGACCGCUUUAUAAAGCCCCCCAGGCAUCACGAGUGCGAAGGUCUUUCAAAGAGUGAGUCGGUAAGAGAAGCUUGUCGCGCAGAAAUUUCAGGUUAC